AUGAGAUGUGGAUAAUUAAAAUAAGCGAAGUCUAUCAUGUUUUAAGUUGCCAAGAAUCAAAAGUACCAAUUGUUUUUUGAACUCUUGGAAGUUAGGAAUGAAACAAAUCAAUAAAAAAUAUAAAAACUUGAUUAAUUUUGCGAUGAUGAAUUAUUCGAACAAUGUUAUUUGAUUGCCUUCGAUUCUGGGUCAGUAUCACCGGUCUUUGAAAACAAUCAUUUUCCAUAGGAUCAAGAUUUAUUCCUAUGGAUGACUCUGAAAACUACUCAUAUCCUAAAUGAUAAUGAAAGUGAUAAUUGGUCUUUACAGGAUUUAUAAGAUGCCAUUCCAAGGAAGAUUGGCUAUAAAAUGGACAUUCUCUUACAAAGGUAUGAGGAAGUCUUAAAGGAAAUUUACAAUUCGUCUGCUUCCUUAGUUUCUAAAUUAGAAUAUUUCACAUUAUUCUUUAUAGUGCAAUCCCUUUUGGGAAUAAAAAAUGAAAAUACAAUGCUUGAAUUGAAUUUGAUUUUGAAUGAAAUCCUUGGAUUAGUAUUUGAAAAAUAUCCAGAUAUCGGAGGAUUAUUAAUUAUACUUACUGAACCUAAUCUUGAGCAAGCAAUCGAUAAAAUUCAGGCCGAGAUGAUGAAAUAUAAAUAUGGAGUUGAAGUAUUUUAGAACAAAAAAUUCUUUGAAAAUUUUGAGAAUAUGUUUGGAGACAAUCAAAAAACUUAAGAUUUUAUCGAAUCUAUAGUGCAAGAGCAGUUCCAAUAAAAUCUUCUUGAAUAUCAUAAAGAUUUUAUUGAAAACAUCAUCAAAGGAAAUAACAUUAACGAAUUGCUGGCCACACAUAAAGCUUUUAUUAACAAUAUCGAUAUGAGAAUGGAAGAUCUUAAGAGCUAUUUAGAAUUCAGAAAAACAGGGUUUACACAUUUAGCAAUGAAUUUAUAUUACAUAUCUGGCAUAAUAUUGUUGACAACGGAAUGCUAAUUCAAUUUGAAGGCUCAAGAAUUAAGAUUUACUUCAAGUGCUACACCUAAGUUUUUCGUUAAAAACAAUAACAACCCCAAAUAAUAUUACAAUCUAUUUUCAACAGUUUACUAAAUUGCUGUGUCCAAUCCUAGACAGAAGCACACUUUUGAUUUGUUGUAAGCCUUUAACUUCCUGAUUCAAUGCAGCAAAAUUGAAUAAUUCAAUGAAAAUAAGUUUAAGUAAUAUUUAGUCUUAAUUGACAUUUCAAAAUUAACGAAGAUUUUACUAGCCAACAAAUAGUUGUAUUUAUUAAAACUAUUUUUUUGGAUGAUAGACCUAACACUUGAGAUUCAUGAUAAAAAGAUAGAGGAAUAUAAAAACAUGAAAGAAACAUUUUAGAGGAUGAUUAACAAUAAAUCAUAUCAAAAUAUUGUCCUGAACUCUUUAUUUUUAAUAAAUAGAGAAGUUGAUUUACAUUUUUAAGAUUUCAAAUUAAUGCCAAAAUGA